CUUUCCAUGUCGACAUAAAAAACAUCAUCUAUGCCUAUCUAUUUGUAUUUUAGUGAACACAGUGAGCUCGGAACGUCAAGAUUUGAGUACAUAACUGUUAUGACCAAACUUUUAAUGAUGAGGCAGUGAAGGUGGUCGACAACUGUGACAUAAACAAGGAUGUUGGCCCACCUGACGGAAUCGACCACCUGUGGAGCAUCCAGGCAGAUGAAGACCUUCAUUGUCUCUACAACCCUGUUAUCACUGGUCUAUAUACUGAUAUUGUUUGCUUUGAGGGAAACGUUACAAGGUCCACCACUUGUUCCAACUUUAGAGAUACAUCCCUCUCAAGAGAGAAGUACAGAUAUACGCCCACCACAAGAUGGAGAUAUAGAGAUACGCCCGCAACAAGAAAGAAUUACAGAUAUACUCCCACCACAAGAAAAAUUUACAGAUAUACUCCCACCACAAGAUGCAGACAUAGAAAUACGCUCACAACAAGAGACAAUUACAGAGAUACGCCCACCACAAGAGGGAAACACAAAGAUACGGCAACCUCAAGAAAGUAGUUCAGAAAUACACUCACUACCAGGGACAAGUGCAAAGGACACAAAGCCAGCCUGGACGUUCGGCGACUUGGCACCAAGUUCAUCAUGGCAGUUCGAUGCUCAAGCUUUAAAGGAAGUAAGGGACAUCACUGUGAAGCUGAACCUCAAGGAAGGUCUACAGAGGAAUAGAGUUGGAAAUUUUACAAAGUCAAAAAAGGAUAAGAUUCCUAAGAUUGGUCACCACGACACAUGCGCAUUAGUAGGCAAUGGUGGCGUGAUCCUCGGCAGCCAAUGCGGUGAGGAGAUUGACUCUAACGAUUUUGUCAUUCGAAUAGACGUGCCUGUCAUCCAUGGACAUGAAAACGACGUUGGUAAACGGACAGAUAUGGUAAUAACAAAUAUGAAAACGGUAAAACGAAUGCACGAGUCUUCGCACUUCGAAAACAGAUCGCAGGAUGUUUACGAAAAUCGGAUGAAGAGCCUUUCAGGAGCUUAUCUUGUUGCUGAUAAGUCAGUAUUACAAGAAAUCGAGGAGGUUGCAGAAACGUAUAGACUCUCCCUUAUAGUGCUGCACCGCACGGAAAGAAUAAGGACAGGAACAGGCGCGAUUGCGUCCGAAAUAGCAAAAAUGAACGGUUUACCGAGAAUGCACGGUUUACCCUCCACCGGCCUGAUCACUGUGCUGAUGUCUACCAUCUUCUGUGACCACACGCACAUGUACGGGUUCUUCCCGUUCACAACAGACGCCAAGAACAACUCCAUCCCCUACCACUACUACCCCGGAGACUACGUCAACCCACCGCUACAUCACACCACAGGCUCGCACAACAUGGAUAGAGAAUAUGACUUUUUUAGGGAUCUUCACCGCCGAGGUAUUCUGAAAAUGCAUGUCGGUCCGUCUGGAGAAUAACUGAAUGAAGACCUUUAUUGUACAUAUAUAU